AUGGGAGGCUUAGUUGACGAGUAUCUCAGCUCUCAGGGAAAACCUGAGGAGCCCGAAAAGAUCGAGGGCCACACAUUCAAAAAGGUUCUGAACAAGAUUAGCGGACAGCCAGACUCGUACGUUAACAAGGCGGAUUAUAUUUUCGGGAGAACGCUUGGUGCAGGAUCUUUCGGCGUGGUGAGACAAGCCAGGAAACUCUCCACAGGGGAAAACGUCGCAGUCAAGAUCUUACUUAAAAAGGCGCUUAAGGGCAAAGAUGUUCAACUGCAAAUGCUCUACGACGAGCUCUCGAUUCUGCAGAAGCUGGACCAUCCCAAUAUUGUUAAGUUCAAAGAUUGGUUUGAAUCAAAGGAUAAGUUUUAUAUUGUCACUCAACUGGCCAUGGGUGGUGAACUCUUUGACAGGAUUCUCAAAAAGGGUAAAUUUACAGAAAAGGAUGCAGUGCGUAUUGUCUAUCAAAUACUGAAGGCUGUUGAAUAUCUUCAUUCCAGGAACAUUGUUCACCGGGAUCUAAAACCUGAAAAUCUCUUAUACCUCGCUGAGAAGGAUGACUCUCCGCUUGUUUUAGGCGAUUUCGGGAUUGCUAAAGAACUGAACAAUGAGGAUGAGCUGAUACACAAGGCGGCCGGAUCGAUGGGCUACGUGGCACCUGAAGUACUUACAACUAGCGGACAUGGUAAACCUUGCGACAUUUGGUCCCUUGGUGUUGUCACAUAUACGCUGCUCUGCGGCUACUCACCAUUCGUUGCGGAAAGCGUCGAAGGCUUCCUAGAAGAAUGUACCUCAGGCAGAUACCCAGUAACGUUCCAUAAACCAUACUGGUCUAGUAUUUCGGAUGAUGCUAAGGACUUUAUCCUUCAAGCGCUCACGGUAACCCCACGCUACAGACCGUCUGCUACCGAGCUAUUGAACCAUAAGUGGAUCACAGGUGAAUACACGAAAACUGACAACUUAUUGCCUGGCAUCAGAAAGGAGUUCGACGCUCGCCGCAAAUUCCGUGAAGCUGUGGAGAUUGUUAAGCUAAACAACAGAAUCAAGAAACUUAACCAACUUUAUGCUACAGGUGAAGAGGAUGACUCCGAUAUUGAAGAAAAUUCUCCAUCUAAUAGUCUGAACAGUUCAAUGUCCAAUCUGUCUGUUGGAGGUAGCCGCUCUUCUGACAAAAGCGUCGGUUCUAAGCACCUAAAAUCUGCCUUAACCCAGGACGCAUUUGCUCAGAUUGUCAAAGCCGCCACUCAGAACAAAGAUCGUAUCAUGAACUACAAGGAUGAUCAACCUCUAUCAGAUGACAAUAGCAGUAGCUCGGCUAAAUGA